AUGUUCGGUAUGUACGGUUGCGAAACCUGGCCCCUAAGAUCAGCAGACAUGAAGAGGCUAGUUACAUUCGACCAUCGGUGCCUUCGCAGUUUGGCUCACAUCUGGUGGGAACACCGCGUGAGUAUCAAGCGAGGAAUGAAUGCCCUCACUUCGGAGCUGGCCUCGGUUAGAGCUUCACGGCUCCCUGAUUGGGGUCCGAAAGACGGUGAACACGUUUGGCUGGAUACACUUGCUGACAUGACAAGGAGGCGACCUCAGUGGCGUACUUGCU